ACUUGGCUACAUAUUGUAGUGCUGUAUAGAUCUGAAAAGAAACAAGUUAGUGAUUGGCACCACUGGGACUGAGACUCGCUUCCUUAGUGAGAGUGAGCUUCCAGAAUGUGCAAGACUUCAGCUUCCACAGAUUCCGAUGCCUGGUAGUGCUCUUCAGGAACAAGAGGACCAGCAGCUUGCUCAAGCUCUGGCAAAUUCUGCAAGAGAAGGUUUUAAAGUUUCAGGAAGCAGUAACCAGGGUCACCCGUCCACUUCUAUUACAAGUGCUCAGCCAAUGAAUGACUUUCCAGAAGAAAAUAUUCAGAAAUUGGUUCAACUGGGAUUUUCAAGAGAAAAUGUUUUAGAAGCUUUGCGAAGGUUUAAUGGAGAUAUAGAUCAAGCAAUGGCAGCACUUUUUGCUAUGUCACUGAAGUUACCAUAACUCUGGAAAGUAUAUUUUAAGUGCCUAACAGCUACAUACAAAAUAUUUUUAAACUUAAUUUGCAAAAGCUGUUUGGACUUAGACCUUUAAUUUUUAUCAUUUUGAGAAGUGAAUAUAAUUUGUUUUGUUUUAUCAAAAUUCAAAGGUAGUUAGCUCAAAUAAAAAAAAAAAAGCUUGAGCAUUGUAUUUUGUAAGUUUAUAUUCUAAACAGAAGCUUCUUGCAUUGUUGUAUGUAUCUGUGUAUUGAUAUAUACGUACAUCUUCAGAUGUGUGUACGCAGUGCACAGAGAAAAUAAAGGUUUCUGUUUUGGA